AUACAGGAAGCUACAGGACAGUGUUGCAGUAAUGCAGUCGUGCACCGGUAUAAAUGUGGGCUGCACUGGAGCACCAACGCACAUUGGUCCAGGACACCGUCGUGACUUAGGCUCUGAGAGCUGGUCAGGGGACAGACAGUCACACAAACAUGAAGGCGGUGAUUCUCCUGUGUCUGGCGGCGCUGGCGCUCGCCGACGACCCCGUCUCCACGCCCGUCGUCAACAGCGUCGGCUACGGCGUGCCGUACCCGGUGCCGUACCCGGUGCCGUACCCGCGGCCGUACUACCGGCGGUACUACCCGCGCGGACAGGCGUACUACAACUACAACGUCCACUACCCCUACUACGGAGCGCAGCAGGGUAAGGAGGAGCUGAUUGACUACUACGGCACCCGCGGAUCGUACUACGUCAACGAGCCCUUCAGCAACAGCUACGUCUCCUACAACUACCGAAGCUAGACGGUCAAAGACUGCUUCACCGAACAGAUAAAUCGCCACCAGAUAUUUCAUGAAGCCAACGUCAUGAGCGCCAUCAGCAUUGGAGACUGGCGCUGAAAGCUAGUUAUUUAUUCGUUGACCUACUCGUCUGAACUAGUGAAUGGUAUAAGAAUUGAACUGUGCUGCUCAAUGACAACGGUAGUUCUCUUUUGCAGUUGCUGGAAUAAUUGCAUAUUCGAAAAGAUAUAUUUUUGACCGGUGUGAAGUUGUUCCGUGUUAAAAAACUUGACGAGAUAUUGUAAUUGAUUUUCGUGCAAAUAUAAGUAACAAAUUCUCCA